UACCUGUACUUCCUUCCGGCGUCACUUCCGGAGCAGCCCAAGAUGGCGGCUGGGCUGGGUGACAGGGACCCGCUGCUACGGCUGAGACGCCACCUGAGGGAGGAGGUAGAGCCCCAGGCUCUGCUGCUGCAGCCUCCUCCCGGGGGAGCGGCUGAAGAACCUACAAAUGUGGAGAAAAAAGAGAAGCCUCUUCCCAGACUUAAUAUUCACUCUGCAUUCUGGAUUUUGGCAUCAAUUGCUGUGACAUACUAUGUUGAAUUCUUUAAAACUAUUAAAGAGACCAUUCAAGCAGAUAGUUGGUGCAUUGUUCUUGGCAGCUGUUUGUUGGUUGCGAGCUUAGCUAUUGCUUUUUACUGCAUAAUAUAUCUAGAGUGGUAUUGUGGAAUUGAGGAUUAUGAUGCCCAGUAUCCAGUAUUGAUACCUGUCACAACUGCCACUUUUAUUGCAGCAGCAGUUUGUUUCAACAUUGCCUUAUGGCCUGUAUGGUCAUUUCUCACUCCUCUGUUGCUGUUCACUCAGUUUAUGGGUGUUGUGAUGCUUGUGUCACUGCUGGGAUGAGUCACCUAAGGUAUCAAGAAAUCUGCCUUUGCAAGGAAGUAACUAACUUGGUUCGCUACACUGUGUGCGAAGUUUAAAUACUAUGGGUUCCUUGUGAACCUCUGCUGAAAAACAUGGCAAUAUUGUAUUUCAGAACUUUAAUAUCACAUGAAGAGUCUGAUUCACAUUUACAAAAGCAAAUCAAUUCAACAUUCAUGCCAGUUCCAUCUGUCACUAGCCAUGUUAUUGUUGGAAUUUGUAGGGGGAAAGGGGGUGCAUGUGCUGCAAUGCUCAGAAGCUACUAGACUGAGUUAAAGAACUGAUCAAAUUAAGAUGUCACUAAAGAGUCAUAGAAGGGUCUGUUGUUAGUAGCAGAUGUCUGGAAUGGGAAGUUAGUUGGAUAACACAUUUCUUCUGAAUAGUUGACAUUGACAAGAACUUUCAACUUGAACAGCACAAGUGAAUUCGGAACACAACCUCUGAAUUGUGUACUGAAUUUAACAAUGCAGACUCAUCAAAUCAUAGUGCACUAUAAGUGUGUGUGCAGAGUCUAAUUUGAAAUUAACUGGAAACUGAUGCCCCUCCAAUAUUUUUGUAAGUUUUUUGUUUCCAUAAGCUUUGUAUGUAAAGAGCUCGCUGUUUCAAAUUAUAAGGCAACAAUUUCCUUUUAACCUAAAUUCCAGUGCUCUGUCAUACCUUUUAAAAAUAGUUCUGAGAAUCUCUGCUUAAACGCAAAAGUUGUGUAAUAUCUCAGACAGUAGCUUGUCAGUCAGUUGUUUGACUUUUAUCAAAAAAAGCAUAAAUGCAGUAAUGUAGAACCUAUUUUAGUGACCCAAAACCUAUAACCCUGCUAACUAUUUCUUGACAAAGUUUAUGUAUAGUAUUACAAAGGUAGGUAACAAGCGAGGGAUGUAUUCUUAAAUGCAUUUUGUUUAAAAAUAAUCAGUUGAUUUGGAACUAAAGAUUUUGAUUUAAAUAUUGUGCCACUUAACAUGAUUAAACCUUAUUAAUACAUUUGAAUUCUAAAACUAAUCCUACAAUAGAUGGCAAUUCUAACUUAGGCUUAAACCCAAAGAGAUGAGAUUCUGGCUGUUAGUUCAAUUUUUGUUUGUGUAUCUUCUGCUAAGUUAUUGGUAUUUGGAACCUGUGAAUUGGGCUCAGUCUAGUUUGACAAUGUUUAUAAACUUCUGUUAUGCCAUAUUUGAUCUUUAAAGAAGUAUUCUGUUCUAUGGCCUGUUAAUGUAUCUCCAUUAAAAUUUUGGGGCCAGAUCAUCUGCAAUAGCAAAGAAGCCACAUGCAGGUGUGGGAAGAGGCCUUCAAAGAUGGUGUAAACCUCACCUUUGCACACCCUUGAUCCUGGUACCAUUGUUAGCCACUUUAGUAUCCCUGGCAUAAAUUAGAGCAUCUCAAAUGAAUAGGUGUUACUAGAGGUCCUCCUGUGGCUCUGUGGCCAGAUUCUGCCAGCAGUGUGCAGCCAUGCUGCAACAGAAAAUAUGCCCUAUGUCUAGACAAAUUAUUGAUCCAUAAAGUAUUAAUACAUAUUUGUGUUUCUUUGCCGAUUCAGACAUGUACAUUAAGAUCUUUCUUAGAGAAAAUACGCUAUGAAAAGUACAAGUGCAACUUAUUCUUUUGAUGUUUGUUUGCUUCUCUGAUACAAGAUUUGGGAAAUUAAAUUGCACUGUAUUCACCAUUC